GGUCAAGUGGCUUCGACUGCGGCUGCAAACGGGUUUCAGUCGAGUUUGGGGCCUCAAAGGCGAUACACGAUAUUCGAGAUUCGAGCUAAACAUUCGCGAUGACUAAUUCCCUGACCAUUGCUGUCUUUUUGGCCAGCCUUUGUCUUUUGGCCACUUUUGGCCAAAUGCAGGCAGCUUCUAUUGUCUGCGGAUCUGAGGCCAAGUCUGCAGAGGAUUCCGACACGGAUUCAGUGACCACUCCCAGUCCCAGUGAGGUCAACAAGUUCGUCCACAGCCUGCAGUGCACACUGGAGAAGGCCAAGCCCUGGAUAGCCAACAUCGAGAAGGAGGCCAAGAUCUUGGAGGAGAAGGCCAGGGAUGUCACCAGAUCGCUCUUCCAGCGCAUAAACAUGCUGGUCAAUGUGCUUGCCCUGCCGGUCAACUCUGAGAAGGACAAGAACAAGGAUAAGCAGCAGGCGGAGGUCACAACUACCGCUGAGGGAUCUUCCACCACGGAGGCUUCCAGCUCUUCCCAGAGUGACCUCAAGGAGGAGCUCACCACCUCUGCGCCUCCAGUGCAGUUGGACUGGCUGGAGGACCAUGCCAAUGAGGUGGACUACAUCCCAGAGAAGAAUCAGUAGAACCUGUAGUUCAAUUUUAUGCUUAAAAAUAUUUAUAUUUAUUAAUAAAAUUUCUUGCUCUUAAAAACGAGCAUCUCCUAACUUAA